GUGUCUCUCUGUCUGCCGGACAGUUGUAUAGAGAACAGCAUCGUGCGUGUACUAUGUGCACGCAUUCCACAGAAUGUCUGCACGCUGACUGCUUCGAAAGUCGAAUGCUUCAAAAUUUCAAGACAAGAGGACCAUCAUCUCAUCCUUCAAGAAGACAUAUGUGACGCAUCCUCAAGGUCCUCGGGGUGAGAGAGAUGCCAUCACAAACACCCAUCUCAGAUUGUGCAUGGGAACAUUCUCCACCAAUGGACCCCGGAUUAUCAAGCACUUCUUCCGAAAACGAGGGAAUUCCUACAUCAGCAACUAGAGAGCCCACUGACCAAUCACAUAUCACAGUUUCCCAUACUGAGUCCCACAGGCCCAGGUUUGGUGCUGGUGCUCAGGCUAAAGAAAAACUGAAGUUUAUUCUAGGUGCAUCUGAGGAUAAUUCCUCUGAUGAUGAGCCUCUGGUUAAGAACCAAACCACUACACGUCAGCCCAUAAACACAGAGACACUUAAUGCUGAAUCUACUGUGUCAUCAGAAGUGCCACCAACACCAGUUCCAUCGACAUGUUUGAGGCCUAGCAUGUCAGGCCCCCACCUGCUGAAAAAGGGCAAAGAACACAGGAAGAUGGAGGUGCAUAGAGAUUUCACCGUUGCCUCUCCAGCGGAGUUUGUCACUCGCUUUGGAGGAAACCGCAUUAUAGAUAAGGUGCUGAUUGCAAAUAAUGGCAUUGCUGCAGUUAAAUGUAUGCGGUCAAUUCGCCGCUGGUCCUAUGAAAUGUUUCGUAAUGAGAGAACCAUUCGCUUUGUGGUGAUGGUCACACCCGAAGACUUGAAAGCCAAUGCAGAAUACAUUAAAAUGGCUGAUCACUAUGUGCCAGUACCAGGGGGUCCAAAUAACAACAACUAUGCCAAUGUUGAGAUGAUUGUGGAUAUUGCAAAAAGGAUACCAGUGCAGGCUGUGUGGGCUGGAUGGGGCCAUGCAUCUGAGAAUCCCAAACUACCAGAGCUCCUUCAUAAAUCAGGGAUAUGUUUUCUAGGACCUUCCAGUAAAGCCAUGUGGGCAUUAGGGGAUAAAGUGGCAUCUUCCAUCGUAGCUCAGAGCGCAGGCAUUCCCACGCUGCCCUGGAGUGGAACUGGUCUGAGUGUUGAAUGGGCAGAAGAAGAGCAGAGGCAUGGUCAUUUGAUCAGCGUUCCUCCUGAACUAUAUGUGCAGGGUUGUGUUAAAGAUGUGGACGAGGGACUAGCGAGUGCAGAAAAAAUUGGCUACCCUGUGGUCAUCAAAGCAUCUGAGGGAGGUGGAGGCAAAGGCAUAAGAAAGGUUGAAAGUUCUGAAGACUUUCCUAGCCUCUUCAGACAGGUGCAGGCUGAGGUGCCAGGUUCACCCAUCUUCAUCAUGCAACUAGCCGAACACGCACGGCACCUGGAGGUGCAGAUCUUGGCCGACCAGUAUGGUAAUGCCAUCUCUCUGUUUGGCAGAGACUGUUCUAUCCAGCGCCGACACCAGAAGAUCAUAGAAGAAGCUCCUGCCAGCAUUGCCUCCACCAUCACUUUUGAGCAAAUGGAGCAGUAUGCAGUUCGUCUGGCUAAAAUGGUGGGCUAUGUGAGUGCUGGUACAGUGGAGUAUCUGUUUUCUGAGGAUGGAAGUUUCCACUUCCUGGAGCUGAAUCCACGACUUCAGGUGGAGCAUCCUUGUACGGAGAUGAUUGCUGACGUCAACCUUCCUGCAGCACAGCUACAGAUAGCGAUGGGGAUUCCUCUUUACAGAAUUAAGGAUAUCCGUGUCCUGUUUGGCGAAGCUCCGUGGGGAGACACAACUAUUAACUUUGAAUCUCCAGAAUGCAUCCCCUGUCCACGGGGACACGUCAUAGCUGCACGCAUCACUAGUGAAAACCCAGACGAGGGCUUUAAACCAAGCUCAGGUACAGUUCAGGAGCUGAACUUCCGCAGCAGUAAGAAUGUGUGGGGCUACUUUAGUGUAGGUGCAACUGGAGGCCUACAUGAGUUUGCAGACUCUCAGUUUGGACACUGUUUCUCCUGGGGCGAGAACCGAGAAGAGGCCAUCUCGAACAUGGUGGUAGCCAUGAAGGAGCUGUCAAUCAGAGGAGACUUCAGGACAACAGUGGAGUACCUCAUAAAACUACUGGAGACAGAAAGUUUCAGGAACAAUGACAUUGAUACUGGUUGGCUGGAUCACCUUAUUGCUGAUAAAGUGCAGGCAGAGAGGCCAGACACCAUGUUAGGUGUGGUAUGCGGAGCUCUACAAGUGGCUGAUGCAAGUUUCAGAGAGAGCAUGUCUGACUUCCUGCAUUCACUGGAACGGGGUCAGGUGUUGCCUGCUGCUAGUUUGGUCAACACAGUUAAUGUUGAUCUGAUCUAUGAUGGCGUCAAAUACUGCCUGAAGGUAGCCCGUCAGUCACCUACGACAUAUGUUAUCAUAAUGAAUGACUCCGAUAUAGAAGUUGAUGUCCAUAGGCUCAGUGAUGGUGGUCUGCUGCUUUCCUAUGGCGGCAGCAGCUAUACAACCUACAUGAAGGAGGAGAUUGAUAGGUACCGUGUCACAGUGGGCAACAAAACUUGUGUGUUUGAGAAGGAGCGAGACCCUACGGUGCUCCGUUCGCCCUCUGCUGGCAAGCUUUUGCAGUAUGUAGUCGCUGAUGGUUCACAUGUUUUGGCUUCCCAGCCUUAUGCUGAAAUUGAGGUUAUGAAGAUGGUGAUGACCCUGCAUGUCCAGCAUUCUGGUUGUAUUCGCUUUUUAAAAAGACCAGGAACAGUAUUGGAGCCUAGUUGUAUAGUAGCCCUAAUGGACCUGGAUGACCCUAGCUGUAUUCAUCCGGUAAAGCCAAACACAGAGCCAUUACCAGCUCAGGAGCCUUUACCCAUGGUAGGAGAAAGGCUUCACCAGGUGUUCCACAAUGUUCUAGAGAACCUGGUGAAGAUUAUGGAUGGAUAUUGUCUGCCAGAGCCAUAUUUCAGUCAGAAAUUGAAGAACUGGGUUGACACUCUGAUGAAGACGCUUCGGGAUCCGUCUCUGCCUCUACUUGAACUGCAGGAGAUCAUGACCAGCGUGGCAGGGCGAAUUCCAGUUACUGUGGAGAAGGCAAUUCGAAAGGUCAUGGCACAGUAUGCCAGUAACAUUACCUCUGUGCUCUGUCAGUUCCCUAGCCAAAGGAUAGCAAAUAUACUUGAUAGCCAUGCUGCCACACUUCAAAGGAAAGCAGACCGGGAAAUUUUCUUCAUGAACACCCAGAGCAUUGUGCAACUGGUGCAAAGAUACCGCAGCGGCAUUAGGGGCUAUAUGAAAUCAGUUGUUCUGGACUUGUUGAAACACUACCUUCAGGUGGAGAUGCAAUUUCAGCAAGCUCACUACGACAAGUGUGUGAUCAAUCUCAGAGAGCAGUAUAAGCCUGACAUGACUCCAGUGCUGGAGUGCAUCUUUUCUCAUGCUCAGGUCUCCAAGAAGAACAUCCUCGUCACCAUGCUCAUAGACCAGCUGUGUGGCCGGGACCCAAUGCUUGCUGAUGAGCUCAUGGUCAUUCUGGAUGAGCUUACACAACUCAGUAAAAUGGAAAACUCUAAAGUGGCACUUAGGGCCAGACAGGUGUUGAUCGCCUCUCAUUUGCCCUCAUAUGAACUCAGGCACAACCAGGUGGAAUCCAUCUUUUUAUCAGCUAUUGAUAUGUAUGGGCAUCAGUUUUGUCCUGAAAACCUCAAGAAACUCAUCCUAUCCGAGACCUCCAUCUUUGACGUCUUGCCCAGUUUUUUCUACCACAACAACCGUGUGGUUUGCAUGGCUGCAUUAGAGGUUUAUGUACGGAGGGCUUAUAUAGCUUACGAGCUAAACAGUCUUCAGCAUCAUCAGCUGCAGGAUGGGACAUGUGCAGUGGAUUUCCAGUUCAUGUUACCAUCAUCUCACCCAAACAGAGAGCCUAACGCCACAGUGAGCCAGCACAUGCCCAAACCCACAGGGAGCAGUCCUACUUUGAACAGGCUGACGCUUCCUGUCAAUGAUUCAGGAGAGUUUCCGGCAAUGCGCCGUCAGGGCAGUGAGCUCUUCCUGGAGGGGGCGCUUUCACCGCCCUGCCAGAGGAUGGGAGCCAUGGUUGCCUUCCAUAGUUUUGACCACUUCAAAAGGUGCUUUGAUGAAGUGAUCUGUCGCUUUGUGGAUCCGCUGUGUGAAAGUUCUCUGUUUUUUGAUGGCUGUUCCACCUUCUGUGAUGGGGAAAGCUGUAAAAACAUGAAGGAAAACCCCAUACACAUCAUAAAUGUGUCAAUCAAACAAGCGGACACAGAAGAUGAUGAUGCUUUAGUCACAGCUUUCACUGCCUUUGCUUACUCCAAAAAAUCUCUACUCUAUGAUUACGGAAUCAGAAGAGUGACAUUUUUAGUUGCACAAAAGCGGGAGUUCCCAAAGUACUUCACGUUUAGGGCCAGAGAUGAAUUCCAUGAAGACAGAAUCUACCGUAACCUGGAGCCUGCUCUGGCCUUCCAGCUGGAGUUGAAUCGCAUGCGUAACUUUGACCUGAAGGCUGUUCCCUGUGCUCAUCACCGGAUGCAGCUCUACUUGGGUGCUGCUCGUGUGGAAGAGGGCGCAGAGGUCACUGAUUAUCGCUUCUUUAUUAGAGCCAUUAUUCGCCACUCUGACCUCAUCACCAAGGAGGCCUCCUUUGAGUAUUUGCAGAAUGAGGGCGAGAGGCUUUUGCUGGAGGCGAUGGAUGAGCUGGAGGUGGCCUUUAGUAACACACCCACUCGAACUGACUGCAAUCACAUCUUCCUCAAUUUUGUACCCACAGUUAUUAUGGACCCAUACAAGAUAGAGGAGUCUGUCCGCUCUAUGGUGAUGCGAUACGGUAGUCGUCUGUGGAAGCUGCGUGUUCUCCAGGCUGAGCUGAAAAUCAACAUCCGCCUCACGACCACUGGAGAUGUUAUUCCCAUACGCCUCUUCCUCACCAAUGAGUCUGGAUACUAUCUAGACAUCAGCCUGUAUAAGGAGGUCAAUGACCCAUCCAGUGGACAGAUAAUGUUCCAAUCGUAUGGAGACAAACAAGGCCCGCUGAACGGCAUGCUUAUCAACACACCAUACGUCACAAAAGAUUUACUCCAGGCCAAGCGCUUCCAGGCUCAGAGCCUCGGCACCACGUAUGUCUAUGACUUCCCUGAGAUGUUUAGACAGGCUUUGUUUAAGCUUUGGGGACCAGGAGACAGUUAUCCUAAAGAUGUGUUGAUGUGUAAUGAGCUGGUACUGGAUUCUCAGGGGAACCUUGUGCAGAUGAACAGACUACCAGGAGACAAUGAGGUCGGCAUGGUGGCUUUCCGGAUGAGGAUGAAGACUCCAGAGUACACAGAGGGCCGAGAUAUCAUUGUGAUCUGUAAUGAUAUUACCCAUAUGAUUGGCUCUUUUGGGCCCCAGGAGGAUCAGCUCUUUUUGCGAGCAUCUGAGCUGGCCAGAGCGGAGGGCAUCCCGCGCAUCUACAUCUCAGCCAACAGCGGAGCUCGAAUCGGCCUGGCAGAGGAGAUCCGCCACAUGUUUCAGGUGGCUUGGAUCGACCCUGAAGACCCAUAUAAGGGUUUUAAAUACCUGUAUCUGACUCCUCAAGACUACACCCGCAUCAGUUCCUCCAAUUCUGUCCACUGUCACCAUGUAGAGGAGGGAGGGGAGUCCAGAUACAUCCUGACAGACAUCAUAGGAAAGGAGGAGGGUAUUGGAGUGGAGAAUCUGAGGGGUUCGGGCACAAUAGCUGGAGAAACUUCUCAGGCUUAUAAGGAAAUAAUCACAAUCAGCAUGGUCACGUGUCGGGCUAUAGGAAUUGGUGCCUAUCUGGUACGUCUAGGACAAAGAGUCAUUCAAGUGGAAAACUCCCAUAUCAUCCUGACUGGAGCCGGGGCAUUAAACAAGGUGCUGGGUCGUGAAGUCUACACCUCCAAUAACCAGCUUGGUGGGGUUCAGAUCAUGCACAACAAUGGAGUGACACACUCCACCGUGCCAGAUGACUUUGAAGGAGUGCUCACUAUACUACAGUGGUUAUCCUACAUGCCAAAGAGCAAUCAAAGUCCGGUCCCAAUAAAACCUGCCACCGAUCCAGUUGACCGAGAGAUUGAUUUUGUUCCCACAAAAGCCCCUUAUGACCCUCGCUGGCUGCUCUGUGGACGACCCCAUCCCACUCUGAAGGGAGCAUGGCAGAGUGGAUUCUUUGAUCAUGGUUCAUUUUUGGAGAUAAUGGCUACCUGGGCACAGACAGUGGUGGUGGGUCGAGCCAGGCUUGGUGGGAUUCCUCUUGGGGUCAUUGCUGUGGAGACCCGCACAGUCGAGCUUGCCAUUCCAGCAGAUCCUGCCAACUUAGACUCAGAGGCCAAACUCCUCCAGCAGGCUGGACAGGUGUGGUUUCCAGAUUCUGCAUAUAAAACUGCUCAGGCUAUAGAGGAUUUCAAUAGAGAGAAACUUCCCCUCAUGGUGUUUGCCAACUGGAGAGGCUUUUCUGGAGGCAUGAAAGAUAUGUAUGACCAGGUGCUCAAGUUUGGCUCUUAUAUUGUGGACGCCCUGCGAGAGUUCAGCCAACCUGUGCUGGUUUACAUUCCUCCCCAUGCUGAGCUGAGAGGAGGAUCAUGGGUUGUGAUCGACCCCACUAUAAACCUUCAGCACAUGGAGCUCUAUGCAGAUCGAGAAAGCAGGGGUGGCGUCCUGGAGGCUGAGGGCACAGUGGAGAUCAAAUUCAGAAAAAAAGACCUGCUUAAGACCAUGCGAAGGAUUGAUAUAGUGUAUUCCCGUCUGGCUGAGCAGCUAGGCAAACCAGAUUUACCAAGCCAGGAGCGUAAAGACCUGGAGGCCAAACUUAAGUCUAGAGAGGAGUUCCUUCUUCCCAUCUACCACCAGGUGGCAGUGCAGUUUGUGGACAUUCAUGACACUCCAGGACGGAUGCAGGAAAAGGGAGUCAUCACGGACAUCCUGGACUGGAAGAGCGCUAGGUCAUUCUUUUACUGGCGUCUGAGGCGACUGCUGUUGGAGGAAGUGGUGAAGAAGGAGAUCAUGCAGGCCAACCAAGACCUGAGCAAUGGACACAUACAGUCCAUGUUGCGCCGCUGGUUUGUGGAGACAGAAGGAGCUGUAAAAGCAUAUCUGUGGGACAAUAACAAAGUGGUGGUGGAGUGGCUGGAAAACAACCUCUCCCAGCAGGACGGAACACGAUCGGUCAUCAGAGAGAACAUCAAAUGCAUAAAGAGGGACUACGCUCUCAAACACAUCCGCAGCUUAGUCCAAGCCAAUCCAGAAGUGACUAUGGACUGCAUCAUUCACAUGGCACAGAACAUUACGCCUUCACAGAGAGCCAAAGUCUGCCACCUGCUAGCCACCAUGGACAACUCCACCACCAGCUGAUCACGUCCAUACCAAUAAAACAAACAUACCGUACUGUGUUUUUUCAGAGUAAGUAGAGUAAAUAAAUGAUAGAUCCUAAAUAAUAGGAUCAUCAAUGGUCAGUAGCCUUGAACGCACAAUUUUAAAUGUCCACCAAUCGCACGUACUCACUUUAGCGUACAAUGACUAUAGGUGUGACUCACAGUUUGACCACUUCUGAAUGAACAUUUCUCACAUGCGUAUUUCCCAGAAACUCACUCUCGCUAGAGGAAACCUGUGUUUAUAGUAUUUAUCUGUUUACGUUUGUGCCUUUGUGUCCUUUCUGUGGACAUAACCGACUGAUGAAUGUACAAUACUCUCAAUUAUUAGAUGAUUUUAGGGAACCACCAAUGCUUGGAGUCGACAUUCAUGCUGUGUGGCUCUUCCUCAGGUAUAUAUACAGUAUAUGCACAAUAAUAAAGCAGAGCACACUGAUUCAACGUCCAGUAAAUGAGCAGUAUUGUAGCUAAUUGGAAUCAACGUGUAAAUGGUAGAGUAAUUAUUCCAACUUUUAAUUUCUAGUAACAUUUUGGUGGUACAAAUUGAUAAUGUGCAUUCACAACUUUUAGAUUUUUUUUUUAUUCGUAUCGAAUGCACAUUAACUGAUUGGCCAAGUUUUAAAUGCGAUUACAUAGUGUUGUCAAUAUAAGAGCCAGUAGGGGUGUAACGGAUCAUGGUUGAUCCGUGAUUUGCAUGGAUCAUAACCCACCAUUCGGAGCAUGCGUGAGCUGCGGAUUAAUACUUUUUCUUUUUUAUUAUUAUUCUUUUUACUUGUAGAUUAAUCCUAAAAUGUAACGAUCACAGAGAGAUCGCCUCUCACAUCAUUAAAAACACAUGUAUGAAAGCAUUUAGGAUUUCCUGUAAAACAUAAUGAUGAUUUAAAAAGUUGUGGUGGGUUAUUCAGGAUUUGUGGUUGGUUUCUUGGGUUAUUAAAGGUGUUUUCUGUCACUAUGGGUUUAGCCUGCUGUAAUGCAUUCAGUGUAAGCUGCACGAUUAAUCAUUGAAAGAUCGGGAUCUCAACACCCACACAACAUAAAUUAUAAAUGAAGGUGAUUUGCAUAUUUUGGUGAAUUGCAUCGCUGCAUUCAAAUCUGUGUUUGAAAAACGCAAAAAUCAAGAAAGAGAUUCAGUCUUUUGAGUUAGUUAUGAAGUUACAAACAGUCAAAUAACACAGAAGUACUGGAAUAACAGUUUAUAGUUCAGAUAAAACCACUGAUGUUUAUGGUAAAGAUUAAAAUCCCCAUCAUAUGCCUUUAACGAUGCUCAAAAAUGAAAAUUGUAGGCAGAAAUUACAUUAUUGAACCAAUAGGUGGUGACAAGCAGCCAUCAAAAAUAUGCCACUGAAUAAUUCUUCAAAAAUCAUACAUCCAGCAAUGAAACAUGAAGUUUUAUGAGUGAAUAACUGAAUCAUUUAUUGGAAAUGAGACUAAAAAUAAAUAUGGGUUGUACAAAUGAUAAUGUUAGAUUCAUACAUUAAGCGUCAUCAGCAACAGAAAGUGAAUUUUUCACAGUACUGAAUAUUUACAAUUAAAUUAUUUUCAGCUGAUUAUUUCUUCAUUUAGUUUUAAUAUAAUUACAGGUUCUAAGUUCUGUUUGUUAAAACCAAAAGUGCCUUGCAGUGCUGUUUUUUGUUAUAAAUGGAAAGCAAGUUACAUUUCUCCCCUUUUUGGCUGAUCCAAAAACUGGUCCGAUCCGUGACUAAAAAACAUAAUGUGAUCCGAACAGUGAGAUUUGUGAUCCGUUACACCACUAAGAACCAGUGUAUAUUUUAAUGUCUUGAAUUUUUGUUGUUUUAUAGCUUAUUUCACAUGACUGCAGGUAAUUCUUUUGUUCAUAUGAAUGGGUGAAUAUGUUACCCACUGCUGCUGUACUGUACUUGACUGGUAAUUCUGAUUGAAGAAUUUGAUCAGAUUAUUGCCUGUAAUGUGCGCUUUUAAACCCUAAAGUACUAGAUUAAGACUAAGAUCUAGUUUAAGUGCCUGAUUUAAUUAUUAUUAUUAUUAUUUUUUGACGAAUGUUUUGUUUGACUGUACAUCAGGAUGUUUUUAAAUGACAUAAUAAUUGUGCAUUAAACAGUGUAUGUUUUCA